CAGAUUCUUCUUUAUAUUCAAUUUCAGGAGCGUGUUCGCGAGUGUUUCUCUUUGAAAGCCGUUGAGAAAUGGCUCUCAAGCAUCCUCGAAGACUUCUGCUCGCCCUUGCGGUAGCGGCUCUCAUCGCAAUCUCUGCUGUGAGGUUCGGCGCUGCGUCUGAGCAUGAAGGAUUCCCUGAAACCCCGAAAGUCGACGAUAUUCUGGGACGCGGAGGUCUUAAUACGGAAGCAGAUUCACUUGCUCGGGAAGAAGAAGCUAUCAAGUUGGACGGGAUCAACGUUGCGCAGUUUAAAGAGCUGCGUGAGAAGGCUGAGAAACACGCUUUCCAAGCUGAAGUCAAUCGUAUGAUGAAGCUCAUCAUCAACUCUUUGUACCGUAACAAGGACAUAUUCUUGCGUGAGCUGAUCUCCAAUGCCUCUGAUGCCUUGGACAAGAUCCGUUUGCUUUCGCUGACUGAGAAAUCAUCGCUUGAUGCCACUGAUGAGAUGAAUAUCAGGAUCAAGGCUGACAAGGACAAUCACUUGCUGCAUAUAAUCGAUACCGGUGUCGGGAUGACCAAACAAGAUCUCAUGAACAAUCUUGGAACCAUUGCCAAGUCCGGGACUGCGGAAUUCAUCAGCAAGAUCACGGACACUGAAACCAAGUCUGAUGAUGCCGGGGAUUUGAUCGGACAAUUUGGUGUUGGAUUCUACUCCGCUUUCUUAGUCGCCGAUACAGUGAUCGUAACCACAAAGCACAAUGACGACAAGCAGUACAUUUGGGAGUCUGAUGCAUCUUCCUUCACUAUUGCCGAGGAUCCGCGUGGACCUACGCUCAAACGUGGAACACAAAUCACACUGAAGCUCAAAGAAGAAGCUUGGGAUUUCCUGGAACAGGACACUCUUCGUAAUCUUGUGAAGAAGUACUCCCAAUUCAUCAAUUUCCCGAUCUACUUGUACUCGUCCAAGACUGAGAUGGUUGACGAAGUGUUGGAGGAAGAUGAAGAGAAGGUGAAACCGGAGAAGACGGAAGAUGAAACGGAAACUGAUGUCGAGGAGGAGAAAGAAGAGGCGAAGCCGAAAACUAAACAGGUGGAGAAGACAACUUGGGACUGGGAAUUCCUCAACGACGCGAAACCGAUUUGGAUUCGAAAACCCGCGGAGAUCGAAGACAGCGAAUAUGACGAUUUCUACAAAUCUCUCACGAAAGAAAAGGACGGUCCUCUGACUCGCACGCAUUUCAUCGCCGAAGGGGAAGUUUCUUUCAAAGCUCUGCUCUACGUUCCCAAUGGACUUCCGAAUGAAGCGUUCAAUUCGUAUGGGAAAAAAACCGACAACAUUAAGCUGUAUGUGCGACGAGUUUUCAUCACUGAUGAUUUCCAAGACAUGAUGCCGAAUUACUUGUCGUUCAUCCGCGGUAUUGUUGAUUCUGACGAUCUUCCACUGAAUGUGUCUCGAGAAAACCUGCAGCAGCAUAAGCUUCUCAAGAUAAUCAAAAAGAAGCUUGUUCGGAAGACUUUGGACAUGAUGAAGAAGCUUGAAGGAGAGGAUAUUGAGAAGUUCUGGAAGGAAUACGGAACUCACAUCAAGUUGGGUGUGAUUGAAGACACCGCCAACAGGUCAAGGUUGAGCAAGUUGCUGAGAUUCCAUAGCUCUGCUGUGGAGAAACCCACUUCUCUUGCCGAAUAUGUUGCUAGGAUGAAGGAGAAGCAGCAGCAUAUCUACUACCUUGCCGGUGCUUCCUUGAAAGAGAUCAAGGAAUCUCCGUUUGUUGAGCGCCUGUUGGACAAAGGAUACGAAGUUCUCUACCUUCCCGACCCUGUGGACGAAUACUGCGUGUCAGCACUGCCCGAGUUCGACGGUAAGAAAUUCCAAAACGCUGCCAGGGAAGGUUUCAAGAUCGAAGACGACACAUCUUCGGAAGCGGCCAAAGAAUACCGAAAUGCGCAGAAGGAGAAGUUUGAACCUCUGCUCAAGUGGCUCAGUGAUGAUGCUCUCAAUGCCUGGAUAAGUAAAGCCGAGUUGUCUGAAAGACUUCGGAAUUCACCUUGCGCGUUGGUCGCGAGUGCGUGGGGUUGGACUGGUAACAUGGAACGUUUGGCUGUGGCCAAUGCACAUCAGAAGGCGGACGACUCCAUGCGGGAUUAUCAUAUGAAUCAGAAAAAGGUGCUCGAGGUGAACCCCAGACACCCGUUGAUCAAGGACUUGUUGAAGCGAGUAUCGGAUGAUCCCAAGGACGAAACUGCGAUUGAAAUGGCCAAGAUGAUGUUCCGAACGGCCACUUUGAGGUCCGGGUACAUGCUGCAGGAUACGUUUGAUUUCGCCGACACCAUCGAGAAGAUGAUGCGCGUCAACAUGGGCAUUUCCUUGGACGAGGAGGUUGAAGCUGAGCCCGAGUUCAGUGCUGACGAGCCGAAAGAAGAAGUGAAGGAGGAUGAAGAGGAGAUCUCUGGGGAUGAUGAAGAUCAUGCGCACACCGAGCUUUGAGCCCAUUCCGUAACGACACGUGUGUGAAUAUUACAGGCACGGUUUUCAUUCUCUCCGUUCACUGUUCUCCUCUACUUUCCCCUGGCUCUCAGCUCAGUCCGGAAAUUCUCAAAAUGCGAUGAGUGAUGAUCUUUUCUCUUACUUUUUUUUUGUUCUUCGUAUCUGGUGAAAUUUCUUCUUCUGUGUCCCGAAUGAACAACACACUUGAGGAAACGGAAAUCAUUGUGAUACUGGAGGGCAGGGGAAGGCGUGUGUGGGGGUAUUGAAGGAAGGGUAUGUUGCGGAGCUUGAAGGCGACUCCGGUCUCCGUUGGUGUUGUUUAAGAUAGACCUUGUUUUCGUUGGUGAUUAUAUUUAUGAAGGAUUUUUUUCUUUCCCUGUGUUAAAUCUGUGUUGGUGUGAAAGAUACAAUCUGUUUUCGAAA